UCGAGCAAUCCAAGUGUGCCGAGCGGGGAGAACGCAUAGCUGAGGAGCAGCUCCUCCGGCCGAGUGGAGAAGCGGCAGCCGGGACGGGGCUGCGCACACGGGCUCGGGUUUCAGGGGGAGUGACACCCACCGGGGCCACGGGAGGAGGAGGAGGAGGAGGAGGGGGGUGCAGUCACAGUGUGCGGGGACGCGCAGGAGGGGGAAGCAGCCCUUUGUAAACCCGACAAAGCGCUCGCGAUCAGAACGAGGAGAGACGCGCGGCCCCGGGGAGCUGCUCCACACUUCAUGGAUCGCGCGUCUUUGUGAGCGCGCAGAGACGCGCUCCUGCGCCGUUUUCCAGCCGCUCCGCGUCGACAUGGUGCACCGUGCGCUGCUCGCGAGGGACGAGCGCUGAGCCAAGAGUCCCUCACAGAAAAAGAAGAAGAAGAAGAAGAAGAAGAAAAAAAGUUCUGCUGCUGGACUUGUUUUUCUGGAACCUCCGCCGAUUUGUCUGGAUGUACAGUGGGAGCCACUUCUGAGCGCCGAUGUCGGAUUUCGGAUGGUGCUUUUGGAGCUGAAGGGUUUUUAAGAUCGUCGGAAGAGCAGCUCGCUGGAUUUGGGGGGCGGCGGUGGCGGUGGCGGAGGCGGGGGGGGGACAACUGAAGAAAUCCGUGCGUUUCACUCCUGCACCGCGGACAGGAGAACUUGGCUCGUCCGCCCGACCGACCGACCGACCGAUCGGGAGUACAAACCUCAGCGCGCGGCCCAUGCGCCCGCGUGCCAACUUCGUGCAUCCGCGCAUCGAGGUUAGGUGGCCAGGGGUGUUCCUGUGAGUGACAGGCCUCACAUAGCCUGCAGUUCAUGGUCGGGCGGAGCUCCUCAGAUGGGAUCUGUGUCCAGGGGGAGGCCGAGGACAGGGGGAUGGGGACACCCAGCCCCCAGUAGCAGGAUGACUGCAUGGCUCUGGCUGCUGGCUGCAGUCCUGCUUUCCCUGGCAGCUGCUUCGGUGGCACGGCCACCCUUCAUUGCUGGGGAAGAUGACGACGUCACGCUAGGGCCUGAAGCAGAGCCGCCAACAAAAUUCCAAAUGUCUAAGCCCAUGGUGUGCUCCGUGCACCCGGGGGAUGUGCUGAAGCUGAACUGUCCCCUGCCUGGGGCUGCGGCCAUCACUUGGACGAAGGACGGCUCUUCUCUGGGGCCCAACAACCGCACAGUCAUAGAACAGGAGUCGCUGCAGAUCCGCGACGCCAACCCCAGGGACUCGGGCCUGUACGCCUGCAGCGCCGUCGGGCCCCCCGGCAGCCACACGCUCUGCUUCAUUGUCAACGUUACAGAUGCCAUCUCAUCUGGGGACGACGAGGAUGACACAGAGCGGUCGGAGGACGCACCUGCUGAUGGAGAACAGAUGCGGGCGCCAUAUUGGACAAUGCCAGAGAAGAUGGAGAAAAAACUGCAUGCGGUACCAGCGGCCAACACGGUGAAGUUCCGUUGUGCUGCUGGUGGGAACCCAAGGCCCAAGAUGCGCUGGUUGAAGAACGGCAGGCCUUUUCGACAGGAGGAUCGCAUGGGAGGCUACAAGGUGAGACACCAGCACUGGACCCUCAUCAUGGAGAGCGUGGUACCUUCAGACAAGGGCAACUACACCUGCCUGGUGGAGAACCAGUACGGCUCCAUCAACCACACCUAUACGCUGGACGUAGUGGAACGGUCACCCCACCGGCCAAUUCUGCAGGCUGGCCUGCCAGCCAACACUACAGUGCGGGUUGGAGAGGAUGCCCGCUUUGUCUGCAAAGUAUAUAGUGAUGCCCAGCCUCACAUCCAGUGGCUGCAGCACAUCCAGAAGAAUGGCAGCCGCUACGGCCCUGACGGGCACCCCUAUGUGCGCGUACUGAAGACCGCAGGUGUUAACACCACGGACAAGGAGAUAGAAGUUCUCACCUUGCCCAAUGUUACUUUCGAGGAUGCUGGGGAAUAUACGUGCUUGGCGGGUAAUUCUAUUGGGAUCUCCUUUCACUCUGCUUGGUUGACGGUGCUUCCAGCGGAGCUUGAGGAGCGGCAUAAGGGCUUGACCUCUCCUGACUAUGUGGAGAUCGCCAUCUAUUGCAUCGGUGUCUUCCUCAUUGCCUGCAUGGUGGUCAUCGUGGUGGUCUGCCGUAUGAGGACCACGGCCAAGAAGCCCAACUUCGGCAGCCAGCCUGCUGUGCACAAGCUGAGCAAGCAGAUCCCCCUGCGCCGCCAGGUAACAGUAUCAGCGGACUCAGGCUCCUCCCUGAACUCCAGCACCCCCCUGGUGCGCAUCACCACCAGACGCUCCUCAGCUCAUGACGACCCUAUCCCAGAGUACGACCUGCCCGAAGACCCGCGCUGGGAAUUCUCCCGGGAGAAGUUAACCCUGGGCAAGCCCCUCGGAGAAGGCUGCUUUGGACAGGUGGUCAUGGGCGAAGCUUUGGGCAUCGACAAGGACAAGCCAAAAGAAGCCGUGACUGUGGCCGUGAAGAUGCUCAAAGACGAUGCCACGGAGAAGGACCUGUCCGACCUGGUGUCCGAGAUGGAGAUGAUGAAGAUGAUUGGGAAGCACAAGAACAUCAUCAACCUGCUGGGGGCGUGUACACAGGACGGCCCUCUGUAUGUCAUUGUGGAGUAUGCCUCCAAGGGUAACCUACGCGAGUACCUGCGUGCCCGUCGGCCACCUGGUAUGGAGUACUCGUACGACAUUGCCCGUGUGUCUGAUGAGCAGCUCACAUUCAAGGACCUGGUUUCCUGCACCUACCAGGUUGCCAGGGGCAUGGAAUAUCUGGCCUCUCAGAAGUGUAUCCACAGAGACCUAGCUGCCAGAAACGUACUGGUCACAGAAAGCAACGUCAUGAAGAUUGCAGACUUUGGCUUGGCUAGGGACGUCCACAACAUUGAUUACUACAAAAAGACGACAAAUGGUCGACUCCCGGUGAAGUGGAUGGCCCCAGAGGCUCUGUUUGACCGGGUGUACACACACCAGAGUGACGUAUGGUCAUUCGGUGUACUGAUGUGGGAGAUCUUCACGCUGGGGGGUUCUCCAUACCCUGGCAUCCCAGUUGAGGAGCUCUUCAAGCUGCUGAAAGAGGGCCACCGGAUGGACAAGCCAGGAAACUGCACCAAUGAACUGUACAUGAUGAUGAAAGACUGUUGGCACGCCAUCUCCUCCCAGAGGCCCACCUUCAAGCAGCUGGUGGAGGACUUGGACCGCAUCCUCACCCUGGCCACCAAUGAGGAGUACUUGGACCUGUGUGCCCCCACCGAGCAGUACUCGCCUAGCUUCCCGGACACGCGUAGCUCCUGUUCCUCUGGUGAUGACUCUGUGUUCUCCCACGAGCCCCUCCCGGAUGAACCUUGCCUGCCAAAAUACCAACACAUCAACGGCGGGGUCAAAACAUGAGGUGUGGGGGACACGGUUGGCUCUGUACCCUUUGCCCCUGCCUUCCAUAACACUCCCUUAAACCACAUCAGAAAAGGAGUAAUGGAGUAAAGGACAGACCCUUGCCCCCUGGUCUUUCUACUUUUUUCUGGUCCCUUCACCCUCCCUAGAUCCCGGUGGACUUGUUGGACCUGGGUGGUGUUGGGCCAUAGCAGUGCUGCUGUCAGAUCUGAACUGAGCUGUGUGGUGUAUAUAAACACACACACACACACACACACACACACACACACACACACACACGCGCGCACGCGCGCGCACGUGAGUGCACACUUGUGUGCCCACAUGUCAAUCCAAGCUCUUAAGGAGAGGACGGAUCCCACUAGUGUUUUUUGGACAGACUGAGUGACCAAUCCCUGGGGUUUGUGUCUCACCAUUCAUUAUUUUUAAUUUUUUUUUUUUUAAAAUUGUGUAUUUUUUUCCAGAGUUCUGAAAUAGUUUUAAUCCAUGAUUUCAUUCUGCUGGUUGCCAUUCCAAGACUAUUCCUGACGGAAGCAUGGACCACACUGUCCUGAAGCCAAGGACUUAAGGACGAAUCCAUAGGAAACAAAAAAUUAAAAGGAAAAAAAAAAUUAACGAAAGAGUUUAGGAGGAGAGAGACACUGCCUCAUGUUUAUUUUGUAAUAUGGUUUCUUUUCUCCUUUUGAUAAGCCCACACCAUUAUUAUUAUGGAGCUGAUUACACGGUAUAUAGUGCUGGGUAUAUGUGUAAAUAUAUUCAAAUAUGUAUAAAUAUAUAUUAUAUAUUUACAGUGAAUUAUUUUUUGUAUGGAUUCCAGAAUAACUUUCCCCUUGAGUCCCCACCCUCUUUUGGAUUGCUUGGAGGUGGAGACUGUUGAGGUUCUGCCCAAAUGCUGUUGAUCUCAUCGUGUCUUAUGAACACCUGUCUCAUGUUUGCUGAAAUACGAUGGAGUAUUGGCUGAGAAUGAGGUAGCAUGUUAAUUUAUUGAGUUGUUUUUAAAAAGAGUUAAAAAA